AUGCCAGAAAAGCCAGAUGACUACGAGACUUUAUCCGACGAGGGCAGAUUGAGAGCAGACAAGCUCUAUGAUAGCGCUCUAUGCCAUAAAUAUUAUGAGGUUCUUACUGCUAAGAGAAACCCUCAACAUUAUGCUGCCAUAACCCAUAAUGAUACCUGGAAGGCACCUCUCAUUCAGCCUAUUAAGUCAAUAGGCGGAGCUUGGUCGUCGGGAGAGGUCUUCGGGCUUCGCUCAUCAUUGAUGAAUGUGCAGGACCACUGGCCUGAGUUGGAGUCUGCAGAGCACUGUCCCAUUUCCUUCACAGAGAACGAAAAGAAAUUACACAACGAAGAGAUAGAAAAUCGUGAUUACAUCGAGCGACUUAUGGAAGAGUUUCAAGACGCGGGCAUCCUGCCGGCCGAUGGCAUUGUCGACCCCGAUGAUUAUGAAAUUGUGCAAAAGACAAACUACACGCAGAAGAAAAACUUCAUGUCGUUAGCAGAGAAUGAGGAACAGAGAGAGUGGAUGGACAAGAUAUGGCCUUACCAGGAUUUUCCGGAAGAAGCAUGA